AUGGCCAGCUACGAGGAAGGGAGCAAGAGGUCUGUACCUCCACAGUCAUUAUCGGAAGAUAUAUCUACGUCACGACAGCAACAACAACAACAACAAAAACAACCUAUAUCAACAACAACAAAAACAAGUAGUUCGAUCCCAACCCCUCAUCGGCCUCUGUCACAUACACCCGUGUCCCCUUCUUCUUCAACUACGUCUUCUUCUUCUUCAUCGGCAGCCAGUAUGACGAAAAGUCCUAGAACCCCUCCGUCGACCAAACGGACCCGAGCCGCACUGGCAUCCACAUCUUCGAUUUCCUCUUCAGCCUCAUCGUCUAGCUCGCUGCCGAGAACUCCAGCCACACCUCCUUCUGAGCGAUCCCCACGGACCUCUCGCACGACGCGGACUCCGCCGCCGCCGCUUACGCAUCAGUCGUCGUCCUCCACGAUAUCGCCUCGAUCGCCGCAGCAUCGGCCACAACGGCAAUCGUCACCCCAGGAUGGGACCCAGAGGUCGUCCCCGCAGCAGCGGAAGCCACAAGUACCGAGAGUGUCGCGAGAAGUCCCCCAACAACAGCAAUUUACUAGCCAACAACAACAAAUUCAACAGCAGUCGGCGUCCCAAAAACGUAGAUUAUACCAGGCCCAGCCCCAGCAGCAGCCACUGCAGCAGCAGCAGCAACAACAAACACAACAGCAGCAACAACAGGUGUAUCACCACCACCAUCACCACCCACAGCAGCAACAACAACAGCAGCAGCUGCAGCAGCGACCGCUGGCGGCUCGGUCUCAAUCCCGGACAUCGCCUCUGCCACAGAGGGCCGCACUUAGUCAAAGGUCAGAGGAGGAGCCGCGGCUGUUUCAACAGCCGUCGUCACCUUUGCGACUACCGACGCGCGAAGCACACCUGCCGGACUCGGAACAGACAGAGAGAGAGGCACGGCCGGAGGCGCAUGCCCACCCGGAGGCGCGACCACAGUUCCGAUCAAAAUCGCUAGACACGGAAAGCGACUCGACGCCAGAGACACCGUUGCAGUCGUCCCAGGCGCACAGGCAUCAGAAUGGUGACAUGGGGCACUACAACGGUGCCAGCUCUAAGAACGAGACCGAAUACCAGAAAACCCUCGAGGUGGGCAAGGCCCCGGACACGUUUCCUUGCGGCCACGUCCUCUGCCAUAACUGCAUUCGCAAGCACUUGAAAUCACGGGAAGCUGAAUUGAAAUGUCCGGUGUGCGACAAAGCGGUCGAAAUUAACGUGCCUAUUCACGGCACGGCUGUUGCCUACGACGAUGACGACGACAACAACGUCAUGCUCGUCUCGAAUUUCGACGACAUCGUCCGCAAGUUUAAUGGCAUUAACUACAACCUCCGUCGAUUGAAAGAGGAGUCGGUGCAGUCGAGAAGCGUCGGCAUGACCUUUUCCUCUAGCGCAUGCCACAUGUGCGAGGAAGAUCACGGUACGCUGCGGGUGAUCCAGGAGUUUAACAAGCUCUCGGUUAAUCACCAGCGGCCGCCCGUCCGGCCGGACCAUUACUUCUAUAGACUCUGUCACGGUCAGAUCGUCACCUCUUUCUACAGCAAAGUCAACUCAGCAUGCGUGUGCGUACCGUGCACGUAUAAAAAUCUGCAGGCCACGCAGAAUUUCCCCGAGUUGAAGUACGACGCUGACGAUUGUUCUGUAACGAACAGACAGCUCUGUCUAGCUGAAGUUGGCAAACUGAUCGUCCGAAACCAAACGCCGCUCACCUGCAUGCAGGGGAAGAACGUGAUUGACGUGGAUCACAAAAUCAAAGUAACUGAGCGGGCCGAUGAGUUUGACUUUCAUCAGACGUCGCGUCAAAUCAAACGUUUAAUUAAACAACAGGAAAAGAAUCUGAUUCAGUUGGCCAGCAAACGGGUGCGAGACACUGGGCGACUGUACUAUAUACAAGAGAGUAGUUCUGUUGAGCACAACCCAAACGAAACAGUGCAUCCAUUCAUCGACUCAUUAGCCUGUCUGUCUGUUUGCCUACAUCUCAUUCUGCCAAAUUCUUUAUCCCCACCCCCAACUCCCACGCGAAGCGCAGAUGGUACGGACCCUCUUCUCGAGGCAAAUGCUCCUUCCAAAUCUGUUUGGCAGCGUGGAUUCUUCUAUGCUUUUCAGACGCUGACCAUGUCACCAAGCUAUGCGUGGUGGCUCAGGUUCGAAUCAAGGAGCGGCCAUCGAGUCCUUGGACAAGUUUUUCGCACCCCUACAUGUUCACUGCGAUCAUACAGUGUUCAGAAUUUGAGAGCUUGCCUGGUGACUGAUGUAAUCAAAAUGGCGCCAGAGGUUAACUCUGAGAAAUUUUCAUAUCUAUCUAUCUAUCUAUCUAUCUAUCUAUCUAUCUAUCUAUCUAUCUAUCUAUCUAUAUUAAGAAAUGGACAAAUAAAUUGUUUUAUUCAUUCUCUCUCUCUCUCAUACGCAUUCACACAGACAAACACACACACACAUCUAUCUAUCUAUCUAUCUAUCUAUCUAUCUAUCUAUCUAUCUAUCUAUCUAUAUCUAUAUCUAUAUCUAUAUAUAUAUAUAUAUAUGCAUGAUAAGGAGAGAUUAGAAAUGAAAUCUCGGGCCUACUUGGCAUCGGGCAAGCUGACACACGUACACUAUCUAUCUAUCUAUCUAUCUAUCUAUCUAUCUAUCUAUCUAUCUAUCUAUCUAUCUAUCUAUCAUUACCAGAACGGAAUAUAUAGAUAG